CAGGGAUUAAAAGGAGAGAAAGAAAGAAAAAGGUGAUCCUGGAAGUACAUGAACAUCGCAGCGCGUUCCAAAGCAUUCAAUUCAUCUGCAGCGAACGAUACAGAAUAUCAAUGUUGAGUGAAGGUAUGUUACGUGCUGGCGGCGAUAUGGCGGAGACUGUUGCCCAGCGCGCCUCUUCGCCUAUAGUUAUGUCUUCACAGAGCUCACUGUCUCCGAGUUCUAGCAUAGCAAAACUUUUCAGCGGAGCAGCUAACUCAAGAAGCAUGUUCGGGGGGAUGGGUUCGAACCCUAGACCGGACAUCGUAGCAGCGGCCGCAGCGUUAAGGCAUAUGAUCAACCAAAAUCUGCUUCAGCAACCGGCAAGCCAAUCACCCAACCCUUUGCUACCUUUCCCGGCUCUCACUUUCAGCCCCUCGCAAAUCGCAACAGUUUGUGAAAGUUUGCAAGAAAGCGGUGAUAUUGAGAGGUUAGCCCGAUUCCUGUGGUCACUUCCAGCAGCUCCUGGAGUCUUGGAGGUUUUAAACACCAACGAGGUGGUUCUAAGAGCGCGGGCAAUUGUUGCGUUUCACCAGGGCCAUUAUAGAGACUUGUACGCCAUUUUGGAAACGCAUCGAUUCACUGAAAAGGACUCCCAUGGAAAGUUACAGGCAAUGUGGCUUGAAGCUCAUUACCAAGAAGCUGCUAAACUAAGAGGAAGGCCCUUAGGCCCGGUAGAUAAAUACAGAAUCCGAAAGAAAUUUCCUUUGCCGAGGACAAUUUGGGACGGGGAGCAAAAAACACAUUGUUUUAAGGAACGAACCCGAAGCCUGUUACGUGAAUGGUACCUACGUGACCCUUACCCUAACCCAAGCAAGAAGAAAGAGCUUGCUCAUGCAACAGGACUUACACCAACUCAAGUUGGAAAUUGGUUCAAAAACAGAAGGCAACGAGACAGAGCUGCUGCCGCAAAGAACAAUCGUCAACAGAACCAGUUAAGCCCACAACCUAGAAGCAAAACCACCUCUCCUACGUCAUACCAAAACGAAUUGUUACGUCACUAUGGCACCCACAACGACCCAUCAGCAAUGUUUUGGGCAGUGGGUAAAUUCCCAGGUUUCCCCAUGACAGUACCCCAUUUCCAACGACCCACCUAUAUCGAUAAAGGGGAUUCACCAACCGGAAGCACUUUCUCUUCCCCUUCUUUCCUUCCAACCCCUCCGAUGACGUCAUUGCACCGACUCAAUACGUCAUCACCGAAAGCGGAAAGCGACUCCGGUUCGGUGUCUCCAAUCUCUAGUCAUUAUGACAAAAGAAUAGAAAGUGAUGACAUAACAAACGAAGACAAUUUCCCGGAAGCAGACACAGCGAGUCAGAGCCCGAAAGACUAAAGUUUUAAAAACUGUUUUCUUGGUCAUGAGACUCGCCGUACAUUCUUGCACUCGUUAUUAUUAUUGCUCGUGUAUCGUGUCGGUAUAUUACAUUUCAUUUCGAUUAAAAACCUGUUAUAUAUAA